AUGACUGACAAUGUUUACGAAUAUGAAUCAAUUAAUCUCGACGAGCUGACCUUCCGCAUUGUCAGGCUCCUAGCUGGCACAGGAUCAGAUAUUGAGGUCGAUAUUAUCCACGCAACGUUGGAUGAUGAGGAGCGCAUUCCUUAUGAAGCCCUUUCUUACGCAUGGGGGUCGGAGCUCAAGCCAAAUGUAGUUCUUGUAAACGGAGCACAACUCGCCGUCACACACAACCUGUGGUAUACUAUGCGCGAUCUCAGAUAUGCAGACGAGGAUCGAUAUCUCUGGAUUGACGCCAUUUGCAUCAACCAGAGCAGUAACGAUGAACGAAAUCACCAAGUCAAGCAAAUGGGAGAUAUAUACAAUAAGGCCACCAGUGUCUUGUUCCAUCUUGGCCGCUCAUCAGAUAAUACGCAUGUUCUAAUGACCUCGCUCAUCGAGCUGCAGAGAAAAUCCCUAAGUGUAUUCUGGCGUCCUCAAGAUCAGCGAUGGGAGGAAGCAUGGCUCGAGACACAGUCAGCUCUAGCAGAGAGCUAUUUUGAUUUUCAUACUAGAUUGCGUCAGGGCUUGGACGAUCUUCUCGCGCGAGUCUGGUUCCGAAGGGUAUGGGUCUUACAAGAGGUCGCUAAUGCCCGCUCUGCUGUGGUGUAUUGCGGCGCAGACUCGAUUCCUUCUCGGUUCUUCCUUGCUAGCCCUCGUCUUCUUGGCGUUCAAGUCGACUCACACGUCCAGGCAGUCUUGGACAUGAUGCCGAUAAAGCGACGAGAAAGUUCGCCCUGGGGUUCAGGGCAAGACCUGUAUGACUUGCUACAACGCUUUGGUAACGCAGAAGCCUCUGACGAACGUGACAAUAUUUUUGCUCUCCUUGGCAUGUGUGCUGGUGGGAAAGGCCACGGAAGUUUCACGGCGGACUACAGCAAGGAUAUUAAGGAGACCAUCCGCGAAGCCGUUGCACCACGCGUGCCACACAUUUCAACGGUUAUUAUCAAAUCUGGAUACUCUACCCGCGCAAUUGCUGAAAAGUAG